AUGGACAGUCUUUUCGGAAAUCAAAUAGGUGCAAUGCUUGCAUCUGUUGUAUUAAGUAAUUAUAAGGCUAGUGGCAAACCACUUGCAAUGUUAUCAACUGCUGUAUCGUCUAAAAUGCUGGCCAUAAUUGCAAAGACCGAAGGAUUUUAUUUCGAAGAAACUUUAACAGGAUUUAAAUGGUUAGGCAAUGUAGCGAUUGAUCUGAUAAAAAAUGGGUAUGAAGUGUUAUUUGCUUAUGAAGAAGCAAUUGGAUUCAUGAUUGGAGAUAUUGUUAAAGACAAGGACGGUAUAAGCGCUUUAGGAGCUUUUGCAGAAUUAACUGUACAAUUAGACAAACGAAAAAUGAAGAUUUCAGAGUACCUAGAUGAAUUAUAUAAAAA